AGUCUGGACCAAAAAACUCCACUUGAACACACCGCACAGACUACCGCCGACUGCAAACUUACACAUGCGUUCUGCAGCUGCAUGAGAUGAAUUAGCUGUCUAUAUCAGCAGCAUAUUCAUCAAGAUUCAUUUACUUGCUUGUUUUCAUCACUUUCGCUUAAUUCUCAGGCACUGACUCAUUUGCUAAACUGAACAUCCAAUGAGAUUUCUCAUGCUCUGCCACCAAAGCAAGCCAGACAAGAGCCGAUGUGUGGAUGUGUGCUUCAGUGGUUUAACUGACUUCAGACAUUUACUCUUUUCUUGCAGGUUGUGGAGAAUGGCAAAGGCAAAGGAGGUCAAAUGACUUGUCUGGAGCCAGUGGACACUAUUUUUGUGAAGAAUGUGAAAGAGAAAGGUCCGGCCCAUCAGGCAGGCCUGUGCACAGGAGACAGGCUGGUGAAGGUAAAUGGAGAUAGUGUGCUAGGAAAAACGUAUCCUCAGGUCAUAGCACUGAUUCAGAAUAGUGAGAAUGGACUGGAGUUGUCCAUCAUGCCUAAAGAUGAGGAUGUGUUACAGUUGGCAUAUUUUCUAUCAGAGAGUGAAUGAGCCAUACACUGGAGAAGCCCAAUACCUUCCUGAACCUCUCCCGGUCUGUUAUCCAAGCAGCAAACCGACCUCCACCACCGAGAACCUUGGUCUUCCUGACAACAUCAGCUGUAAGCCCAACCCCACUCUGGACAAAGGCUCUGGAGCAGAUAGUUCUGGGAUCAUUGCUGGGUUUCAGCGUGCCCAUCACCACCUGACUCACCACUGUGUCCACCCCUCAUCCUUAGCAGGGAUAACAAUGAGCCCGCUUGACUUCCACUUUGCUAACCACAAUGCAGCUAUUGCCUCUGCCUCGCUCCCCUGUCCUAGGAAAGGCAGUCUUCCCCAAGCUCGCAGUGAACUGUGCCACCACGCUCUGUCAAAUUGGUACUACAGCCAAGCAGAGCAACCAGGCCUUGAAAUUUAUCAUCACCAACAUAGCAUCUCUCAUGACUGGCUGUGUGAGCUGGGACUGGCACUGCGAGGGUCUUGUGGUGGAUGGUCACACAGCUCUUCUCAGGACACCCUUCUGCACCACUACAGUGCAACGAUAGGGGCCAACCACUCCCUGGAGAAGCUAGGUAGGCGGGGUCAAACCUCCAGCCAUUCCUGUUCAGAGAACCUGCUGUCUGCAUAUGCUUCCUAUGAGCAGAAUUGCAGCUGUUUGCUAGAGACCUUAGAAAAGGCAUCUGUUCCGAUCUUGCCCCAUUACAAAAGACCAGCAUGUCCUCAUCAAAGCAAUCAGCCAUCCAGGGUUGAGGAGUGCCAAAGUCUUGCCCAUCAUGAGGCUGUUGCCACAGUGGUGCCACCCUUAGAUUGGGGCUUAAGCAAAGCCCAGCAGCCAGCUGCUCAGAUCAAAUGUUUACCUGCACAAAUUGUAGAUGAUCAGAUGGUGAGCUACUGCAGCUACAGCACCUCCUUCUGCCAAAAGGCCAGCCAUCUUAUGCAACAGUCUCACUCCUUCAGUGACACUUCCAACACCCUUCCAAUUCUGAAAACUGACCCACUGCAGAGUGCAUCCUUCACCACUACCCCCACAGCAGUGCUUCAAGUCUCAGCUGCAGCAGGCUCAGUGAUUGGUGGGUUUAGUGAAGAGAACAUUCAAGUUAAGAGUCAGGAGGUGGUGCUUCAACAAAAGCCCCCCCUAGGCAGAAAAACUACUCAUGGGGUGCUACACCCCAGCUAUGCUUUACCUGUGGAUACUCUUGAACCCCUUUUAACCACAGCCGUUCCCUCAAGGUCAGAAGAUUCAUUGGACCAGACUAAUGGUGGCAUACCACCCUUGCCUGUGGAUCAGGACUCCCUGGCUGCCAUUCCUUUCAUAGGUCAGUGGAGAUUUAAAUUAUAUUCCUUUUUUAUGUUAUUAGAUUUAGGUUUUGUUUCAG